GAAAAUGCAGAGUGUGCGGGAGGGAGAAGCUCGUGCGUGCUCCACUGCGUUUUGUGCGUGUGUGUAUUCACGUUGUGUUUGUGCUGCACGAAUGCUGGAUGUCUCCCAGGAUACCAUGGAGGAAGAAUCUCCAAAAAGACCGUGGAAGAGAUCCGUGUCGGACCCGGAAUUGAAGAUGGAAGGGAGCAUGAAUCGGAAAAGGAAGAAAAAGAAGAAAGGAGGAAGCAUGGACAACCUAGAUACCGGCUUCGUGAAAGGAGUUCCUCCAGUGAGUGACGCCGUCCGUCAUCCCUCUUGCUUUCUCCUUUCCAGCAACUUCGAGAACCUCUACAAGAGCUAUCGCCUUCUCCGCGAAUCGAUGCUGGCUCUUGGGUUCCGCUGUUGCGCUGAAGAGGCCAUCAGGUACCUGGUGGAGGAAGAAGCCCUGGAACCUAGUCACCCUGCAAUCCGAGCCCUCCGAUCUCAUCUCUCCCAGAAGCAGAGGGAGGUGUCGUCCCACCGCUCGGCGACUCGGCUUCCGCAGAAUCUCCUUCGACCGAAUGCCUUCCGGGUCCGGAUCCCAGCUGCUGGCAUGAGUUCUUUCCGGGUCCAGCCCCGUAACAAUCGAUGA